UUGCGUAGUCUUUUCUAAUGUCAACCAAUUAGAAUGCGAUGUCGUGUCCAAGUGAAACUACGGCAAGCGAGUGGCUCGAACUGCCUCUCAAACGUGUGAUUAUUCACCGUUAACAGCCACCUAAAGAAGAAGGUUCAAAAGUCAACGGGAAUUCAGAAUGAGACGCCACAGUCUCCUCAUUUUGGUUUCCUGCUGUCUUCUGUGUGUCCACACUCAUGGGGAAGCUCAGCAGCAGGGAGAACCCCCCAUUGUGGAGAGUGCAGCUCACUUAUCGGCUCACGGACGGCUCGAUAAAAACAUGGUCCAGGAUAAAGACCAUAUUAUGGAGCAUUUGGACGGUGUGAUUGACAAACCAGAGAAAGACAUGUCCCCUCAGGAGCUUCAGCUUCACUACUUUAAGAUGCACGAUUACGAUGGCAACGACUUGUUAGAUGGGCUGGAGUUAGCUACAGCCAUCACUCAUGUCCACAGAGAGGAAAGCGGAGCAGACACCCAGGCAAUGCGUGAGGAAGAUUUAAUCAAGCUCAUUGAUGAUGUUUUAAGGGAUGACGACAAGAACAAUGACGGUUACAUUGACUACGCAGAGUUUGCCAAAUCACUGGAAUAACAUAUCAGCUCAAACAAUACUGCUGUUAAUUUCUUUGUCCACCAAAAAAACGUUAGGAAGCUGCUGAGACUACCGGAGUUGCAAAGACCAGCCAGUAUUGUAGGGUAACAAAAAUAGUUGUUGGACCCUUCUGAAGCAGCAAACUGUCACCUCAAAACAGCUGAAUGUGUAAAAUAUACAACUUUUUAGGUUUAAUUGUGAACAAAAUUUCUGCACUUUCUAUCCUUUUAGUUUCAACAAAUAGUGCCUUUCAAACACAAUUCAAAAGGUUUUUUCCCCCCAGUGUUUGGCCAAGGUUACGUACCUUAAUUUGGGUCUGUCUCUGGGACAGUGUUUUUGUUUUUGUUAUGUGAACCAAUAGUACAACAUCAGUGCAUGAACCUUGUUAAGGUGAAACUUCCUAUUUCUUCCUAAAACGUGUAACAGAUUCUUGAAUUGUCACGCAAAUGAGCCAACGACUGUCUGAAUGUGUUCAUGCAUCCAGCAGAUACAUGAAAGGAAAAUGUCAUAGCAGAAUGAAUGUAAGCCAGUUCUGUCUUGUCAUGCUGCCUCUAUCACUGGAUAAGACUGACUUGCUGCUGUCUGUAAACUCAUAAAGAUAAGCUCACACGCACUUAAGUUCAUAAUAUGCCAGCUGCCUCCAUACAAAAACACCUUUGUCGAAUCCAUUUGUGAUUUUUGAUGUACAGUUUGCUAUUAAUUAGUUGUAUGAAUAUAUAUUUUCCCAUCUUGUAUUGAUACUUCUCUUGUUAAAUACAAAUAUUUAAAAUCCCUAA